AUGGAACGAAAGGAUAAUAACGAGACCAAAAAACAAUUCUUAGAGGCCGAUAAAAUAAUGCCAAAAAUCGAAUCAUCGAUUCAUCCGAAUCAUAUGUAUACAAGCAAACCGAUUAACAUAAAGAUAAGCGAUGCUUCAAAUUCAAGUAGACAGAACACGUUUACUCAAGUUUUGAAUUCAAGAUAUUAUAUUAAAUACGGUUGUGAUGCUGAAAUAGACUUUUAUCCUAUUAAAAGAUUUGACUUUGUCCCUAUAACUUUAUCAAGUAAAAAUUGCGCAUGCGAGUGA